AUGAUACCAACUCUUGACAUGGCUAAGCUCUUUGCGACCAAAGGAGCUAAAUCCACAAUCCUCACUACACCUCUCAACUCCAUUCUCUUCGAAAAACCCAUCAAAUCAUUCAACCACAACAACCCGAAACUCGAAAAUAUCACCAUCAAGAUCCUAAAUUUCCCUUGCACAGAGCUCGGUUUACCCCAAGGUUGCGAGAAUACCGAUUUCAUCUUCUCUUGCCCUGACCUAAGUAAAGAUGACUUGACUGACAAGCUUAUACUCGCAAUGAAUUGUUUCGAAGAGCAACUAAAACAGCUCAUCAAGACAAAGAAACCAGACUGUCUAGUCGCCAAUAUGUUCGUCCCUUGGGCAACUAAAGUCGCUGAGAAGUUUAACGUACCAAGACUUGUGUUCCACGGCACAGGCUACUUCUCUUUAUGUGCUUCUCAUUGCCUAAGGCUCCAUAAGCCUUACAAGAAGGUAGCUUCGAGUUGCGAGCCCUUUGUGAUUCCUGAUCUCCCAGGAGACAUUGUGAUUACAGAGGAACAAGUCGUAGAGAAAGAAGAAGAGUCUCUUAUGGGGAAGUUUAUAAAGGAAUUUAGAGAUUCAGAGAGAAAUAGCUUUGGUGUGUUGGUGAAUAGCUUCUACGAGCUUGAACCGGCUUAUUCAGAUUUUUUCAAGAGUUCUGUGGCGAGAAGAGCUUGGAAUAUCGGUCCGCUUUCUUUAGGGAACAGAGAGUUCAAGGAAAAAGCAGGAAGGGGCAAAAAGGCGAGCAUUGAUGAGCAUGAAUGUUUGAAAUGGCUUGAUUCCAAGAGAUGUGAUUCAGUGAUUUACGUGUCCUUUGGAACCCUGACAAGCUUCAACAACGAGCAGCUUAUAGAGAUUGCAUCUGUUUUAGAAAUGUCAGGAUAUGAUUUUGUCUGGGUGGUUAAGAAAAAUGGCAGCCAAGGAGAGAAGGAAGAGUGGGUACCAGAGGAGUUUGAAGAAAGGACGAAAGGGAAAGGAUUGAUAAUCCGCGGGUGGGCGCCCCAAGUGUUGAUACUAGACCACCAAGCAAUUGGUGGAUUUUUGACGCAUUGUGGAUGA